UGUACAUAAUCAUCCACGACGUCACAUGAGCGCGUUCCUGCUCUCUCCUCUCCUGUCCUCUCAACUUUUGUGAACGAAGAAAAACAUCACAUAUCACUGACGUGGGAAGUUUUCGCAAUGAAGUAAUGUCAUCCUCUCUUCACCGCUCAAUCAUGUCCUUCCUGUUCCCAAAGCUUCCUCUCCAAACACCUCAACGGGAUCCCGAUGGGGCAUGGAACUUUUUCGAUGGCGCUUUGAAGACAUGGGCAGUAAAGAGUGAUGGGAAUUCUUUCACUUCUCGCCAGAUCUUUAAACACGGGAACCCCCAUACUGGGGUAGGUCGAAAGUCAACAGCUACGCCUCCUUACCACUGGCAUAUCUACCAGACAGAGCGGUUUGACGUGCAAAGUGGUGUUCUAUGCUACGACUUGGAUGGAAAGGAGGGCAAGUUAGUCGGGGGAGAAAGUGUCACAAUCCCUCCCCACCAUUAUCAUACUUUUUGGCUAGAUCCUGAAUCAGGUGUCGAUCUCGAUGUACACAUCACUGUCAGCGGAGGACCUAAUGCUGGCUUCGAUGACACGUUCAUUCAUAACUUUUAUGGGUAUCUUUCGUCAUGUGUGAUGCAAAAUCGUACUCCUAGUCCCUUCCAAAUGCUUACUUUUCUGGACCACGCCGACGUAGUUCUCGUCGAUUUCCCUCUUUGGACCGGUCGACUCGCCAACAUCGUGUUAGGAAGGUGGCUUGGUCGAGGAUUGGGGGGAUAUCAAGUCGAAUAUAAAGAAUUUGAUGACAAAACUACUUGAGGCAGGCUGAUCUAGGAGUAUCUGUAUUUUAAUGACAGCAAUGAAAAGGUUAUUGUGAAUUUAAUGAAUAAAA